CCUCUGUCUGCUCAGCAGAGGCGACACGCAAUGGAACAGAGCUCAUCAUCCAGAGCUCAUUCAGUUUGAAACGAGACCUCAGACAGUCAAACUGUGGAUGCUGCAACGCAGGAAAUGUUAACCAUUUAGUGAUUUAGUCUAUCUGAACACGAGGGAGAAAAGUCCGUGGAAUAACUGAAGCUAACAGGACAUCUGUAGUGUGUGUAUCUAUCGGGAUGCUCGGGAUAAGUCGUUUCACUUUGACAACAGCAGCAGUUGUUGUGCUGCUGCCGUGUGUGCUGUCCUUCAACGUGGACCAGAAGAAUGGCAUGUCAUUCAGCGGUCCAGUGGAGGACAUGUUCGGCUACACUAUCCAGCAGUUUGAGAACAGCGAGGGGAAAUGGAUUCUGAUUGGAUCACCGCUGUCGGGCCAGCCAGCCAAACGGACAGGAGACGUCUACAAGUGUCCUGUGGGCAAGGGGGACAACACGUGUGUCAAACUGGACCUACCUAAAAACACAACAGUUCCCAACUUACAUGAAGUCAAGGAGAACAUGACCAUGGGAACCACGCUGGUGACCAAUCCCAACGGAGGAUUUCUGGCCUGUGGUCCUCAGUAUGGCUACAUGUGCGGGCAGCAGCAGUACAUCUCCGGAGUUUGUGCGAAUGUCAGCGAUUCCUUCCAGAUCCUCAACUCCGUGGCACCGGCCGUGCAAGAGUGUGCGAAGGAGCUGGACAUUGUGAUCGUUCUGGAUGGAUCUAACAGCAUCUACCCCUGGUCCAGUAUCAUUGAUUUUCUGCGGCGUUUCAUUGAGAACAUUGAGAUCGGUACUAAACUCUCACAGGUGGGGAUAGUGUCCUAUGGUGAGACUGUGACUCACCGUGUCAACCUGAGCCAGUUCGACAACACUCAUGAUCUGCUGGAUUUCGUUGAAGAACUUCCUCAGCAGACCGGCUUCAAAACCAUGACUUUCCUGGGCAUCGAUACCGCCAGGAAAGAGGCCUUCAUGCCGGAGCGCGGCGCCCGACCUGGGGUGAAGAAAGUCAUGGUGAUUGUGACUGACGGAGAGUCACAUGACUCCUAUAAUCUGGACACGGUCAUGAAAGACUGUGACGAUGAUGACAUCGAGAGGUUUGGCAUCGCUGUUUUGGGAGACUACAAUCGUCAGAACAAAAGUUCAGAAGAAGUGCAGAAGUUUAUCAGGGAGAUUGCGUCCAUCUCCAGUGAGCCGUUACACGACCACUUCUUCAACGUGUCUGAUGAGGUGGCGUUGUUGACCAUUGUGGAUGCUUUGGGAAGGAAGAUUUUUGCUUUGGAAGCCACAACUGGUAAUUUCACCUCCUCCUUUGAUAUGGAGAUGUCCCAAGCUGGGUUCAGUGCGCAUACUUACAAAGAAGGCGUGUUACUGGGAGCAGUGGGAGCGUAUGACUGGAACGGGACGGUGGUAAUGCAUACUGCUACAGGAACAAUCAUUCCAGAGAAGAUGCAGUUCUACGACCCAGAGACUGAGGCCGGGUACGAAGGACUCGCUGGGUACCUCGGCUAUGAUGUCGAGUCAGCAUCCACCCCUGAUGGAGUGCUGUACAUCACAGGUGCACCGCGGUACAACCACACAGGCCGGGUUGUUAUCUAUCGUCUGGAUGAAAAGAACAACAUUGUCGUCUCACAGAUACUGAAAGGAGAACAGAUUGGUUCCUACUUCGGCAGCGUCCUGCAGACUGUCGACGUGGAUGGAGAUUCCUACACGGACGUCCUCUUGGUCGGAGCUCCGAUGUACAUGGGCACAGAAAGAGACGAGCAGGGACAAGUCUACGUCUACAAACUCAACCAGGACGACAAGUUUGAGCACGAGUUCACUUUAAAGCCUGUCAAUCAGUCCUGUUGCACCGCCCACUCAGCCAGCUGCACCAAUAAAAACGAACCAUGUGGCGCCCGGUUUGGUACGGCCAUCGCAGCUGUAUUAGAUCUCAACCUUGACGGGUUUAAUGACGUGGCGAUCGGGGCCCCUUUUGAAAACGACCACCGAGGGGCCGUCUACAUCUAUCAUGGAGAUAAGACGUCACUGAAAGAGAAAUUUGUGCAGCGUAUCCCUGCAGGUGGGGACGGUGUAAAGGUGAAAUUCUUUGGCCAGUCCAUACAUGGAGCCAUGGAUCUCAAUGGAGAUGGAAUCACUGAUGUUGCCAUAGGAGGUCUUGGAGGGGCUUCACUAUUCUGGUCCAGAGAUGUUGCAGAGCUCCGUGCCAACAUGACUUUCGACCCUGUUAAAAUCAACCUGCAACAGACUCAGAACCAGUGUGAACACGGCGGACGCAAAUCUGCGUGUGUGACAACUGAGGUGUGUUUCGUUUACAGUGUCAAAUCUGACAAUCAGGACGUAAACGCUGCUGCGGAGAUCCGCUACCAUCUGACGCUGGAUGCUCUGCGUGCAAAAGCCAGGGCCUCAUUUAUUGACACGGACGAUAAAAGUGAUCGCAAGAUUACCAGGACAUUCACCAUCAAAGACAGAGAGAGAAAAUGUGUGCGAGAAACCUUGAUGAUGUCGGACCGCCCUGACUUCCGAGACCCUCUCAUGGUGUCUUUAGAGUUUGAACUGGCUGAUGAAGACCAAGGCCCCGUCCUGGAUGAGAGCCUUCCCAGAUCCAUCAAUAAGACAAUUCCCCUGGUGGACUGUGGAAGCGAUGAGAAGUGCAUAGCUGACCUAUCUCUCAAAGCAGAGCCUAGUGUCAAAGAGAUGGUGAUCAAAACAAUCAAAGACAAGAUUGACGUGAACAUCAACGUUAGAAACAGCAAAGACAACGCAUACAACACUAAAGUCAUCCUCAGCUUCACAUCCAACAUCAACUAUGUUAAAGUAGAGCCGGAUAAGGAGUGCACGCUGAAUCACACAAAGGUGGAGUGUGCUGUUGGAUACCCCUUCUUGGGAAGCAAUGUAGAGGAAAUCUUCAAAGUGAGAUUUGAGGUAAAUCUCGAACACAUCCAGGAGGUAAUUCAGAUCAAUGUGACGGCUACAAGUGACAGUGAAGAGCUGGCUUCCACCCUGCAUGACAACAUGGUGCAAAUCUCCAUCCCUGUGAAAUAUGAAGCUGGACUCAUAUUCUCAGUGCGUCCUGUGGAUGAACACGUCAUCGUAAAAGAGGGUGAACAGUAUCCCAGUGUAAUCAAUGAGACCAGGAUGAUCGGAGAGGAGGUCAACAUCAGCUACACGAUGGAGAAGUCAGGUGAUAUGGUGACUCCACCUCUUGACCUUACAGUGAUGUAUCCUCGCCUGUCGCCUCGGCAGAACGACCUGCUGUACCUGAUACACGUAGCCAAAAGCCCAGGGGUGAAAUGUAACGAAGCACAAUGGAUCAACCGUCAUAAUAUUAACCCCGAUGUUGUGAAACCUGAUCCAAAGAAAGAAACACUCAGUGUCUUCCUGCUGAGCUGUGAAAACCUCGGCUGUGCAUCGUUUACCUGCACCAUCCCCAAGGCUAACAUCAGUCAGGUCAACGUUACAUUCAGAGUGUGGAAACCUACGUUCAUCAAGGCCGAGUUCUCCAGUCUAUAUAUGCUGGUGAACGCCACGCUGGGGAUCAGAAACACUGCCCUGUUUCAACUGAGCGGCAGUGACAGGACCAGAAGUGUGAAGAUCCAGGUUUCAAAGGAGUCGCUAGGAGGAAUCCCUAUUUGGAUCAUCAUCAUCAGCAUCCUGAUAGGACUACUGAUCUUAGCACUGGUCAUCUUCGCUCUCUGGAAGAUGGGCUUCUUCAAGAGAAAAUCCAGGGACUACUCAAAGGAGGACAUGAUGGACUGAGAUAUCCAGACAUCCAGCAGCUCUGUGACCGACUGCCUCCAGAGCCAUCAGGUCGCACAAAGUGACAGGCAGACUUUUAAACAAGACAGACAGACGGAGGAGACGCCAUAUGACCCACAGACAACUCGGGGCUACGACACCGUGACGACCUGGAAAACAGCAAUGUUUCCUGUGCAGACUAAUAAUGUUUGCAAAUACUUCCCAACCCUUGUCCUUUGUUGCUUUGAGCACUCGGUUACAACACUGGGGCUAUUCAGACGGUCUCAUACACACAGAGAGUGCUUAAACAGACACUUUUCUUUUAAUUGUAUAAAGUGGUUGGCACUCUGUAUUUGAGGUAUUUGCAAAUAGUAUUAGAUCAGCUUCUUUCUUGCAGACGUACAUCAAGUCGGGUCAAGCGGUUCAAGAAGAGGAGCCAGGGAGGAGGAAGAAUCCAUCACUCAUCAGGCAUCUGUUGGCAAAGUAGCAUCGAUCUGUAUUACAUACAGCAGUUUUCCAAAGACAUAAGAGCUACAAUAGCUGCACUCCAGCUUUAGAGGAAAAAAGUACUCAGGUUUUUCUGUAUGAAGAUCCAAUGUCGCCACCUCACAUCCUUUUUAUGUCAUUACAGCAACGACGUUCAAUGGUCUGUUCGCUCCGGAGACAUACAAUAUGUGAACUUUUCAUUUGUACGAGCGGCCUGUCUGAUAGCUUAGACUCCUGUUUUACAGCUGGUGUGUCUGAUUAGUUUUAUGAAACACUGUACCUUUUAGUAUUUUUAUAGCAUUUUGUUUUGCUGAAUUUUAACAAUAUAAAAUGGCACAUCCUUAAUUUCAAACUGUUGGCUAAAGACACUGACCUGAACACAAGAUUUAUGUUACACCAAAGUUGCAGUCUAUGCUUUUAUUUUUUAUACAUUUAAUGUUAGUUAACCAAUUCAAAAACACCAAAGAAAAUCUCGUCCAAACUUCGUUUUUUAAAUGUUUGUAAUUAGUGUCACCGUGGUUACUGAGGGAUACAGAAAGCCUUCAUAAUCCCAAACUUUGAUUGUACUGUAAAUAUAAGUAGAUGCUCAAAAAUGUAAAGACAAAAAAUGUACAUAAUUGUGUUUGCUAUAAUUCAUGUAAUUUAAGAGAUCCAUAAAUCUUUUUUUUUUUUUUUUUUUUAUGAUGAUGUUGCUCAGGUGCUACAAGUAUCAUGAAUGAUGACAUUAACAUUUGACAUAUACCAAAAUGAUCUGGCCUAUCUCGCAAUUUCAGAGCUGAUGCAAAUAUGUAAAUAUUGUUAUAUUUUGAUGAGAAAGUAUAAUUAUUCUGUACUGAAGAUGAGGGUUUGUAUCCACUACUUUGGUUUUAUUUGAUUGAAAGCCUGGUGAAUGUUGAGGUGAAAUACGAGUGUAGCAUAUUUUGAUUUCAACCUUUUUUAAUUUGCAAAAAAUGGAGGGUAAAACUUCUUCCAAUGUAGAAAUAUACAGUAUGUAUAGUCACCAUUCACCAGCCGUUGCCAUACAGUUAAUGGGAUUCUGGUAGGUGGUUAGACAAACUACAACAUGAACACAAAGCAGGCUCAACGUCCCCCUAUAUGUGGUACACAGUACCUUACAAAGUUCUUCUUUCAUGUUUUCUGUCUUGUUUUUGUUUCCAGAAGUUGCACAGCUACACGAUGUGUUAAAGAGAUUAUAUUGUAUAUUGGGGAGACUGGGUUUCUGCCUCUUCCUCGACUUUCUCCCUCACUGUCAUACAAUAAAGCUGAGGGAAGAAGAAGAAGAAGAGGCAGCUUUUUUGAUAUUGAAAUACUCCUCAGCUCGCACUCUCCACUGUUGACAUGAAGCACAUGUAAUAAGUUGUAUGUACAGAAUGUGUAACUGUUGUAUGGCUACAUCAGGCUUAUGCACGAGGGUGAAGUCAUGAGUCUCUCUUUGCUCUCUUGAGGUGGUCUGGGAUUGUGUUCUCAGAUCUUACACCUCUAUUAACUUCUGAUAAGGAGUGAGGCACAAAGUGAGAGUCGUGAGCUCCACCCCAGCCUUCUACACUGCUGUGAAGUCUUCAUUGUAAUGCACUGGUUUGUCGUCCUCAUCAGCACAGAAAUGAACUGAAUCUUGUGUACAAAAAUAAAGACUUUUUACGAAGAUGA